AUGGAUAUACUUGGCUUCGAUCUUAAAGCACCGGGUACACCAUAUAAAGAAUUUGUACUGGCCUUUUCUUGGGCCGUUUACACAUUUGAACAAUAUUUAGGUGUCCGUCAAUAUCGGAAACUUCGCGAACCAAAUCCACCAAAAUCUCUGCAAGAUAUCGAAGAAAUUCGGGAGAAAUUUCGUAAAACACAAGAAUAUGGCCUUGACAAGGCGAAGUUCGGGUUUGUGUCGGGUUUAUUUGGACAACUACAAAGUACGUGGAUGAUCGUAUGGGAUGUACUUCCAUGGUUAUGGAACCUCUCUGGAGAAUGGUUGACAUAUGCCGGGUACGGGACGGAUUAUGAGAUAACACAAUCAUUGAUUUUCACCGUAACAAUUACUACUUUGUUAUACUUCAUAUCUCUCCCUCUAAGUCUUUACUAUACUUUUGUUAUUGAAGAACGUCAUGGUUUUAACAAAAUGACUUUAGGAUUAUUUGUUAUGGACACGGUUAAGGGCUUUUUGAUUACUGGUGUUAUAGGUCUUCCAAUUAUAGCUUUAGGUUUACAAAUCAUUAAGUGGAGUGGUGACAAUUUCUACUUUUAUGUUUGGGUUUUUAUGAUAAUCUUUAAUUUCAUACUACUUACCAUUUACCCAACACUUAUUCAACCUUUGUUCAAUAAAGUUACACCACUUCCAGAAGGUGAACUUCGUGAACAAAUUGAAGCAUUAGCCGCCCGUAUUAAAUUCCCUCUUAAAAAAUUACAUGUAAUAGAUGGUAGUAAGAGAUCUGGGCAUUCUAAUGCUUAUUUUUAUGGAUUUUUCAAAAAUAAGCAAAUUGUUAUAUAUGAUACCUUGAUUGAACAAGCCGAUAAUGAGGAAAUAUUGGCCAUUGUUGGUGGAUCAUUUGGGUUUGAAACACAGCCAACCUUGAUUGGAUUUAUAUUGUUUCAAUUCAUUUAUGCUCCUAUUGAGAAUGUUGUCGCAUUUUCGAUGAACAUAUUAAGCAGAAAACAUGAAUUCGAAGCCGAUGCUUUCGCAAAGAAAUUGGGUUUUGGAAAACAGCUUCGUACAGGAUUAAUCAAAAUUCAAAUGAAAAAUUUGGGAAAUAUAAAUAAUGACGCGUGGUAUUCAGCAUAUCAUUUUUCACAUCCACCUCUUCCAGAAAGAUUAAAUGCAUUAGAAAAAAUGGACUAA